CCUCGCCUUCUCACCCAUCACACACUCUUCCGCUCUUGCACCAACGACAAUGGGGUUCUCGAAGCUUGCAUUGGCUCUCGCUAUAGUGAGUGCUAUUUACGUUUCCACUGCCCACCUCGCCCAAGCCCAGGAUAACCAACAAGAAUAUCUCCGCCCCCACAACGCCGCCCGAGCGGCAGUGCGCGUGGGCCCCCUGAAGUGGAACAGGACUCUGGAAAACUUUGCCCGGAGGUACGCCAUGCAGCAUGUCCGGGACUGCAGGAAUGUUCCCCCACCCGGAAGCCGCUACGGCUCGAACAUUUACAUCGGCAGGGUCACCGCCUCCGCUGCGGUGGCGUCUUGGGUGAGCGAGAAGCGGAACUACCGCUGCCCCUCCAACACUUGUGCUGCGGGGAAGACAUGCUCGCACUACACGCAGGUGGUGUGGAAAGCAUCGACGCAGCUUGGUUGCGCACGCAUUAGGUGCAAAAAUGGUAACUACUUCAUCAUAUGCGUCUACUUCCCCCCCGGCAACAGGCCAGGACAGCGGCCAUACCCUUGCACCCGUGAGGAAGCAAUGGAGGCUGCGGAAGGUGCCAUGGAGGAGCUUGUUGAAGUGGCAGUGGAAGAAACCAUGGAGAUGGCCGAGGAAGAAGGUGUGGACGUGGUGGAGGACGUUGUUGCUCAAGUAGUGUGAUAGGAGGGUGAUAUAGCCCCACCCCCUGUGCAUCCCCUUUCUCGCUUGCUUGUUUAGUGAAGUUCGAUUGCUGUGCUAUGUAGCCGACCCGUACGUAGUGAUGGGUUGAAGCUUAUAUAGCUGUCGUAACGUUGCUCUAUGUGUGUGUAUGCAUAUAUCCCUCCUUGGUAGCAUACCAAGGAUUGUGUUUACGUAUUUCCUCUCAAAUAAAUGAAAGGGGAGUUUAUGGGUCCUUA